UGGAGUGUACCUAGUUAUAUUCCAUCAGACUAUCCCAUUAUCACAUAUGAGAUAGGAUAUCAUAUUCUUUUUGACAAGUGUUGCUUUUCAAUGGUAGAUGAUGAUGACAUUGAUAUUCAAGCAUUGAUUCAAUAUAAUGUAUCCAGUACCAGUACUUUUAUCAACAUUACUGGUCUUAAUGAUGACACUUGCUAUAUUUUUGGCAUACAUGCAUAUUCUAGUAGAGGACCAGGAAGCUGGAGGGCUAUUGCUAAUGAGACAUUGAUAAGUCAAAAAGUAUGCAUAGGAUCAAAUGAUAGAGGAGCUAUUAAUGGUGCUAGUAUUGGACUGGGUGCAGUGGUUGGACUAUUAUUAAUAUCACUAGUUGUUAGUAUCAUUAUUAAUAUCUACUGCUUUAUCAAGCUGAAAGCGUAUGAUACAGCCACUGCUAAGCAAACAAAGUUUGAUGAUAAUAUACCAAUACAAACCUGUGGACCAUAUGGUAUUCACAAAACUAAAGAUGCUACAAGAGAGGCAGUAUAUGAGUGUCUUGAUGUCAAUGUUAAUGAUACUGCUAUUUAUGAAACAUAACUUAUGAAACAGUAAAAACUAACAGUGCAAUUUAAUAUACGUGUACAUGUACACUCUGUGAUACAACAGUAUAAAAUGCUCGUGUAAUUGCUUGUUAUGCAUACAUACACUCCUAGAUAUACAUUUCAGUCCUGGAGUGUCAGUGGAUUUAUUAUCUUAGUCUAUUUUAGUGUAACUUUUAUGAUCACAGUAGAGUGUUAUUGUAACUACUUUCAAUGUCCUUGUAUCAAUUCUAA